UGGUAAGAGCAUUUCUGUUGAUUUCUUUCUUAUUAAUGUACUAUUAGUAAUUUCAUCUGUCUGUGUCGGCACUCUCAUUUCAUUUAGUUGGACUCAUUAUUAGGGAAUUCAAAUGUAUAUGAUAUUUAAAAAAGGGCAGAGCGCCUUGUUGCUUCCUUUUUCCUGAUUAUGAGCAUGGGGGGAUUACUUUCUUUUCCUCUAGUUAUAUCCUAGUGGUGUGGUGUCCUGGAGUUGUUGCUUCUCUGUGGCCUCUGGGUUCAUUCCACUCCAUCGUACCGGAAAAAUAAAAGAUUCCAUGAAUGGACAACGGAUAAUAUUGGUAGAUAGAUGGAACUGAAGAAUCGCUAAGAAUAGGACGUUGGAGAUAGAAAUAGCCAUUCAACAAUAGGAGUCAGAUUGCUGUUAGGCCACAAAGCUGGAACCAUAUGCUAUUAGUACUUCUUUCUAGAUGCAACUCUUUGAGAAAUGUUUGACUUCAUGAAUUGGAAUUAUGUGAUCAUAAGUUUCUGCCAGUUAUGAUCUUUGCUUAGGAAUUAAUGAGCUCGGGCCCAUUUACUGGGACUGCAUUUGCUGCUGAUUUGAUACAACGCCGUCAGCGUUCUGAAUUUCAAUCAAGUGUUAAGGAAACACUUUUUACGCUUAUAAAGGGAAAUCCUGAUAUUGUUCCAUCAAUACUAACUUUGGCAUUGAAUGAUGCCAUGACUUAUGAUAAGGCUACAAAAUCUGGGGGCCCAAAUGGAUCAAUACGGCUCAGCUCUGAGUUAAGCAGACCUGAGAAUAAGGGGCUUUCUGCUGCUUUAAAUUUAUUAAUGGAAGCGAAGAAAGAGAUCGACUCAUAUUCUAGGGGUGGACCAAUUUCCUUUGCAGAUCUCAUUCAAUUUGCAGCACAAAGUGCUGUUAAGGACACGUUUCUUGCAUCUGCAAUUCGCAAAUGUGGUGGGAAUGAAGAAAAGGGGAGAUUAUUAUACACUGCAUAUGGGUCAAAUGGGCAGUGGGGCCUAUUUGAUAAACAAUUUGGAAGGAGUGAUACACAGGAACCAGAUCCAGAGGGAAGGGUUCCUCAGUGGGAGAAAGCAAGUGUACAGGAAAUGAAAGACAAGUUCUUGGCAAUUGGAUUUGGUCCACGCCAGCUAGCUGUCAUGUCCGCAUUCUUGGGUCCUGAUCAGCUGCAACCGAGGCCCUACUGGCAACCGAUUCCAGAUGUCUCUAAAUGGGUUCAAAAAUCAGCGAGCCGUGAAACAGUGUCCCAGACAGAUUACGAGGUUGAUCUAAUUACUACUCUCACAAAAUUAAGUUCCCUGGGACAAAAGAUCAAUUACGAGGCAUACACAUAUCCAGUCCAAAAAGUGGAUCUAAGCAAGCUAAAAUUGUAGAGAAGCUGUAUCUAAUCAACCAGAGCUGCCACUUUGUGAAUGUGG